GGCUGUCAACUCUGCUGCAGGCACUGAAGUGACAUCACAAACAGUGGCCGUGAGCUGAAGACCUCGCACAGGUGACACGUCUGCUCCGGAAAAGGCUUAGAGAGACAUGGAGAUUGAAAGAAUCAUUCAAGACACACUGACACGCUUCAUCCAGUCCCACAUCCCUGCAGCAGAUCUCAGUGGGAUGGAUGAUGUUUUCUUCUCUUAUAUCACGGGUGUCCUGGAAGAGCUGGGCUCACCAGAGUCCUCUGAAGAGACUUUUGAUAUGGACACCUUUGUGGAAAUGAUGGAGGCAUAUAUCCCUGGUUUUGCAGAAAUCCACAGUGGGGAUGUUUGUGAAAUGAUGUUCUCCCUCUCAGAAAGGCUUGGUGAAGCUCGCAACAAAGAAAAACUUGGCCAAAAGGCUGUGGAAAGCAGGAGUGAAGCGCCCUCUGAAGAUCUCACCAAGGGCCAGGAGGCUGGAGCUGGAGCCUGCAACGGGGAAAGACUGUGCACUCUAACAGACGGAGCCGGGGCCCAGGAAGGUGCUGACUUGAAGGAUGGGGUGGAGCUGCUACUGGAGAUGUUCCCGGCCUGUACUGUGAGCCAGGCAGAGAAGGCUCUCGCCAUGGCCUUGGGGAACUUGGAAGAAGCAGUGCAGUUAAUUGUGGAGGAGAAGGUGGAAAUUGGCCCAGCAGGUGCGAGUGUGAAGGAACUGGCACGGCCCCGCAGAGCACCCAACCAUGAGGAACUAAAACAGGUCAUCCUACAGAAAUACAUGAUGGUGGAUAGUGCAGAUGAUCAGAAAACACAUCGGCCAGCUCCACCCAAAGAGGCUCCCAAGAAGUUGAUCCGCUACAUUGAUAACCAGGUGGUGAGCACAAAAGGAGAGAGGUACAAAGACAUCAAGAAGCCUGAGAGUGAGGAGAUGAAGAGAACCUACAUCAGCCUAAAACCAGCCAGGAAGUACAAGUUCCACUGACAGCCAGGUUCUACUGCUCUUCAGCCUUCCACCUCACUGUCAGGCAUGGCAGGAUGGAUGUACGGUGCUAAGAAUGAGACAACUCCACCUGCCACUAACUUGAACUAACCUGGAAGCCGGGACACUGCUUUGUUUCCUCAACUAACCUGGCUGAGGAGACUUCUCUCCUUGCGUAGCUAUCCUUCUGUCCCCAGGGGCACACCGCAGUGGCUCACCAGGACCUGGGCAUGCUCUGCUAUUCCUUGCAUGGGACAUUUUUAGAUCUGAGAUGUGGCAUGUGCUUUUGCAGCAACCUUUUUAAUGAGUCUUUGUGCACUGUUGCUUUGAGUGCCAGUAUUAAUAAAGAUUAUGUGACUUGGUAUGUA